CUAAAGUCUUCCCCCAGACUCUGCCCGUGUGUCUCGUUUUUUCCCCCCCCCCCCCACUGGUUCGCACGUUGGAGAAGAUGACCGGAGCAAACGAGAAAAAGGGCUCUUCGUCCGGGGUGAUGGAGUGGAUCAGCUCUGCCUGCCGCUUCGCCACAGACAGAAACGACUUUAGGAGGAAUCUUCUGGUCAAUUUAGGUUUGUUUGCAGCUGGUGUUUGGGUUGCAAGAAAUCUCUCAGAUUUUGACCUGAUGUCUCCUCAGCCAGUGACAUAAUGGGGACAAACUCCAGGAUGAAGGUGUCUUGGACCAACGGAGAAGGAAGAAAGGACACAGAGAAAUACUUAUCAAGUUCUUUUUUUUUUCAGUUUCACUUAAAAAAAGUCUCCCUGUUUACCCAAACAUUUUUCAUUUUCUUUGUAAAUGUUACCCAAUAAUUGAAUGAAUCUCAGUUCCUGUCUCUUAGUAACAGAUUUAUU